AUGGAGCUGCUGAGCCUCGGGGCGCUGUCGAACAUCGUGCAGAUCGGCCAGCUGGCCACCACCGCCAGGGGGAACACCGUGGAGCAGAAGUUCCAGCGCAACCUGGCCGAGGUGGACUUCCGCCUCGAGCGGCAGAAGCUUCACCGCGAGGAUGUGCGCGACCUCAUGGAGCUGACCGUGGGGCGGAUGGACCUCUACCACGUCGUCGGCACGCUGCUGCUCACCUUCUGCAUCUCCUGGUACACUGGCAAUGGAAUCAUCACCGCCGGCUUACCGAGGUGGUUUGCGACGCUCUUCUUGAUCAACAACUUCUGUGCGGUGGGGUACCUCAUCUUCUCGGUGUGGCUCGCGAUGCACGCGUCCAUCGUGGCGCACUCGAUCUCGGUCGGGCUUCUCCUUCGCGCGCCUGUCCAUCCCGGGGCGCGAAGAGCUCGACGCCCUGAGGACGUCGUUCUACGGCGCGGACGCGGUCAGCGACUUCCAGUCGACCGCCAGCGCGCUCCUCGGCUCCGGGGGCAGCGGCCGCGCCCGGGCGUUCACGAGCCGUGCACACCUCACCGCGAGUGGCAGGGCUCCUGCAGCUUGUCGCCCAUCCUGCAGUUCAUGCUUUCUUGGUUCACGUCAGGCGGCGGCCUCCAGGAGACCGUCCUCGGCGCCUCGCCGGGCGCCAGGGCCUCGGCCAGCCUGCGGUCUCCAGCGAUGUUCCCAGGGCCGCGCAGCAUUUAA